GCUCUGCGUGUACGCUAAAGGAGAGCUGAGAUUUGUUUUUUUUUGGCGAAAUAGCCGUGCGUUUGUGGUGCGCCGUCAUGUUGGCCGUUGUGAGGGAGCACGCGAAGUCCCUGAGGGCGUGGGUCUACGAUUUGUGCAUCGUGCCCAUGACGUCGCGGUGGUAUCGCGAGGUGCUUCUAGAAUGCCCCGUGAACACCAGCAUGCUGGACGUUGGAGUUGGCACGGCGACGAGCUUAAUUGCGAAUCGCGACAUCAUUGUCAGUAAGCAGAUGACGGUGACGGGUGUGGACUACGAUGCGGCAUACGUGCGCAGCGCACAGGCGAACGUUGCCGCGUGUGGUGGCAGCCUGCAGGAUGUGAUCAAGACGGAGCAGGCCGACAUCCACGAAUACAACAAGUCCCACAAAGUGAAGUUCGACAUCAUCUACUUCUCCGGCAGUUUCAUGAUUAUUCCCCGGCAGGCAGAAGCCCUGAGACACUGUGUGCAGAUGCUGCGUAGCCCUGUUCCGAAGGUGCCCGACGGCUGCAACAUCUUCUUUACGCAAACUUUUGAGAAACGCACGUUUAUCGGCCUCUACGUCACUCCCUUCGUGAAGCGCUUUUUGAAAGCCGUGACGACGAUCGACUUUGGCGAGGUCACCUACGAAGAUGACUUUCGCGCUGCCUUGGAGGAGGCGGACGUUGACAUUGUGCGUGUGAGGGCCAUCUCCUCCUCUUAUUUUCGCACCCAAACUGUCGUCAUGGCACGUCCGCGGGUGUCGUUGAAGCGGGAGUGA